AUGAGGAGGGACAACCUGACCUGGGAAAGUGAGUUUGUCCUCCUGGGGCUCUCCAGCGACAGGCAGACCCAGGCUGGACUCUUUGUCCUGUUUGCAGCCGCCUAUCUGCUGACCCUGCUGGGCAACGGGCUCAUCAUCCUCCUGAUCGGGCUGGAUGCGCGGCUGCACCUGCCCAUGUACUUCUUCCUCUGCAACCUCUCAGUGGUGGACAUCUGCUACACCUCUUGUGGGGUCCCCCAGAUGCUGGUGCACUUCCUCCUGGAGAAGAAGACCAUCUCCUUCACCCGAUGUGGGACUCAGCUCUUCUUCUCACUGGCCCUGGGGGGUACCGAGUUCCUGCUGCUGGCCGCUAUGGCCUAUGGCCACUGCGUGGCUGUCUGUGCCCCCCUGUGCUCCACAGCAGUGGUCUCUUGGCUUAUAGGCCUAGUGAGUUCCGUGGUGGAGACACUGGUCAUGAUGUACCUGCCCACCCGAGGACAGCACCGCUACCAGUUCGCCUGCGACACCUGCCCCUACGUGCACAUCACCGACAAGCUUCAGACCCACUCUGCAGACAAGCUGGUGACCACCUUCUACAAAUGCUAUGAUGCUCGGUGUGGACACUGCCGGAGGAAUGAGGGCCAGGCUGGCCCAGCCAUGUCAGUGUCUGCUUAUCUUCUCCCUCAGGUUGGAUUCCCAGCCAGGAGUGUGAACUUGUGUGUCCUGAGAGUCUCUGUCAGUGUGGCAGAAAGCUAA